CUCAGCCUCUCUCCCGCCAUUCCUUAAAACACCGUAAAAAAAACAGUUCCAAAACCAAGCUCGAAAAUGGCAACUAUUUUGACACUAAACCCACUUGCUAUUCGACUAUUCUCUUCAAAUUCGCAGCGUUAUUCGUGUUACUUGCAUAGAACAAUGAGAAUUGGGCAAGCAGGGAUUCACUUUCAGACAAAUUAUCCAGUUUCUUUCAUGGGUUUUCUGCAAUUCAGCAAGAGGAGAAAUUUCAUAUGUGCAGUCAGUAAAGAUGCUGAGGAAUCUUUCAAAAAGACUGUGGAGGUUGAUAGGCUUAUAGAUACACUGAGGGAGGCAAGUGAUACGGAACUGCCACAGAUAGUUGUGGAGAACGUUCUCGCUUUCAACGAGAGCUUUUGGAUAAGACUUGCAGCUAGAGCAGACACCUGCAAAUCUGAUGAUGACAAAAAAGACUAUGAAGAGCUGGCAUUGACGGUAAUGAGCAUCGUAGAUCGUCUUGUUCACAAAACAAAUGAAAAGAUAGAGGCAUCUACUGACGUGCUCAAAGCAAUCUUAAAACCAGUGAUUGAUGAAGUGGAAGAAAUAUCUUGGCCUCUUAGGGAUCCUGAGGCUCUCAGUCUUAUGGAGAAAGAAAUAAAUCAAAGGGAGCAAGAAGGCCAACUUGAUGAAGGGUUCCUUGCAGAAGUCAAUGCACAACUGCGGCAGGCUACAAAAGAUGGAGACAAGCCAGGACUUGAAGCUAUGUUACAAAAGGUUCUGCAAUUGUAUGCUUCCAGAGUGCUGUCAAAGCGAAGUUAUGCAAAAAAAGGAAAUGAAGUGUUAAAAGCUGAACAGUUUCUUGAGACCAUUAUCAAAGCACCGGAGGAAGUAUGGAACAAGCUCUUGCUAGAUGGCAUGACUCUUGGAAAAGGUGAUAUUUCGCCUGAGGAAUUGUAUACUGUUAUUAAGAAGAGAAUGGAACGGACUUUGAUACGUACGGAGGGCGGCUCGUAUCAGCAGCGAGUUCUGAUUGAGUAUCUGAAAGGUAUUGAGUCAAGAGCAGGGGAGAUUGUCAGAGUACUCCAAGGUUGAGACAUUGUAGUAAACUAUUAAUUGCACCUGGAGGUACCAUAAGUCUACAUUCUUUAUAUGACAAAGAUAUAUUAUCAUUUUUUUGCCAUGCAUUACUGAGCAGCAGCCUUUAUAAAGCAAUCUGAGAUCCACAAUGGACACCCUUGAGGUAUGAGGUCCCUAUCAUGUUUAACAUCUUCCAUUUUUGUCCCACCGUUUGUAUCAUCCCUUUUCUCCUCUCAUGUCUUGCUUUUAUCCAAUUUCUCUUCUUCUGACUCCUAAUCGGUCACUUGUAUAUUCUACCUGUAAAUCCGAAAAAAUUGCGAGUUUUUCAGAGUGCAAUACCACAAUGUAGCCCUGCAGUUUUGGAAUUUUGCAAUUGGAUUUGCAUAGCCUGCAUUAAUCGAUUGUAAACUGGUGGGACUGUACUGUGUCCUUUGUUAAUGAAAUCUAUCAAUUGGUUUUUCUUU